AUGAAGGAGGCAUGGGAAGAGGCAAUUUUUCGCCGGUUGUCGACGUCGCAAUCGGCAGCUCUUUCCAGUAGUCUGACGAUGCUCCUGCGGCGCGCGCUUCUCCUUUUCCUGUUGGUCCUCGCCGCCUCCGCCAUCUCCUACUCCCGAUUCGGCAAAUAUCCGCAGGAGGAGCACAGGUGAGACAAUUGGAAGCCUCUUUGAAAGUUCAUUUCAAACAGUUGACCAUCAGGCGCGCGUAAAAGGAAAUCAAGCUUUUUCAGAAGUUUUUUGAAGUUUUAAACUCCAAAUUUCCUCCUCGCGGCUGCUCAGGACAGUCUGAGCUUCCUGUGCAAAAGUGGAAUAUUUUCACGCGUUCUUUUUAUUUUUUAUUUUUCUGGUAGCACGAUUGCACAGAAAAUCCAUGCUGUUUGACUUUUCGCCAAAUAAGUUAUAAGUUAACUGGUUCUUAGUGGUGAUGAGUUAAACUGAAAUCAAGCUUCUUUUCAAAUAUCUUUUAAAUUUCCAACUUUUUCUAAACUGAUUCUAGAAAUUUUUUCAAAGUCGUCAAGACUUAAAAAUCUGAAUCAAAAACGAAACUUUAUCAAAGGCCCAUUUCUUAUCAGGGUUAUAUUCGUUCUCGCACGAUUACCGUCAUAAAAGGUGUAGGAAGCAAAAAACGCUUCUCGAAAAGUCUUGUGUGUUUUGUGUCCCUUUCAUCGACAAAAGAUGAUAUCAACUACAUAACUCGGAUAGAAAUGAAAUUCUACACUUGAAACAAGGUUUUUUCAGAGAGGAGCAGCCGCUGAGCAUCAACGAGCAAAUGAUGAGGGGCUCUCCAAUCGUCUAUUAUGGACGCUUCAGGUGGAUCAGUUUAUUCCAACAGACAUGGAAAGUUCUUUUGGCGUCCAUACUUUUUUAUGAAAUCGCUCGAAAAAUCUUGAAGGAACUUGAACUCCAAUUCAUAUGGGGACUACCGAUUUUGGAGAUUCGAUUUUUCGAAGUUGCGAAAUGUUGGUUUGCAACUUUUUGGGAACUUCAUAUGCCCGAAGCUGGAAUUCAGAUAGCCUCUAUGCGAACUUGAUUACCAGGCUAUCAGAUCAUUUUGAGCAACCUCCUGAAAUUCCAGUACAAGCGCUAAAAUGACAAAACAAAAAAAGCUCAAAAAAAAAACUUCUCAAGGAUGAAAAAAUCAUUUGAAAUAUUCCCACAAAAUUCCUGUUUUCCAUGCAGAGACGGCGCCGACGACGUGCUCAACCGCUUCUUCAACCGUUUAUGA